AUGCUAUCUGGUGUUGUGCAGCGAUGGUGUCCAUGGUGUCUGGCAGAUCCCAAAGAUCUUGACAGUGGUCAGCCUUGUCUGCAUCAGUGUGAAGAACACACAGAGUUACUUUACGGCAUCAUUGGCAAUCUUGUUCCAUUCACCAAUGAUUUCGCUCAUGUGGAUAUCCAUGAGCUUCUCUCCCCCGAUCUUUUGCACCAAAUCAUCAAGGGAACUUUCAAGGACCACUUAGUUGAUUGGGUGGAAGAGUACUUGACAAUCACACACAGUGCUCACCAUGCAGCUGAAAUUAUGGAUGAUAUUGAUUGCAAGAUAGCAGCAGUAGCCCCAUUUGCUGGGUUACAACACUUUCCAGAUGGGCGCGGAUUCAAGCAGUGGACUGGCGAUGACUCUAAGGCAUUAAUGAAGGUCUAUAUACCUGCAAUCAAAGAUCAUGUUCCUGAAGACAUAACACAUGCAUUUAGGGUGUGCCUUGAUUUUUGUUAUCUUGUACGGUGUGAGGCUCUCACUGAAGACGACCUUCUACAUGUCCAAGAAGCCCUGGACCAUUUCCAUCAAUACCAGGAGAUCUUCAAGACAAGCAGUGUGAUGAAGUCAUUUUCUCUUCCCUGCCAGCAUUCUAUGUGUCACUACAUCUUGAUGAUCCGACUUUUCGGGGCACCCAAUGGCCUUUGCUCCAUAACAGAGUAUAAACAUAUUAAAGCAGUAAAAGAACCCUGGUGCCGCUCUAGCAGGUUCAAGGUGCUUGGUCAAAUGCUGCUAACAAACCACCGCCUUAAUAAAAUUGCAGCUGCCCAUGUGGAUUUUGAGGCAUGUGGCAUGCUUCAUGGCUCUUGCCUCUCCAAAGCUUUCACUUCUCAUCCCACAACAGGUCACAAUAAUCAUGAAGAUGGUGACUUGGAUGAGGACACAAUGGUUGACACAGCACUUGAAGAUCUCCCUGGGCACCUGCAAGUUCAUGAACCUCAAAGUCAAUCCAUUGAGGGAGAUGAUGUUGAAGUUCUCAAUGGACCAUUUGUGGAAUCCCAUGUUGAACUUGGAGUGACAACCCGUUGUGUCCUGAAUGUCAAUACACUUGGCCUUCAACUCAACCUUCUGCAUUUUUCUGCCAUGAUUCAAGAAUUCCUCCAUGACCAACUCCAUUCAAAGGACCCCAACCCUGCUCCUUUCAAUCCUGCAACAGCCCCAAUAUUCUUGGGGAAAGUGACACUUUUUAACUCUGCUGCUGCAACAUUCUAUGCGCCUAGUGAUCUGAGUGGUACCGGAGGCAUGCACCAUGAGCAUAUCUGGUCAACACCAUCAUGGUGGGGUGGUGUGGCUAUGCAUGAUUGCAUUUUCAUUAACUUGGAUGCUGACAUGGACUCUCCCAUGGGCAGGCUUGCAGUUGCACAGGUCCUAUGCUUUUUCUCAUUCAAGUAUCAAACAUCAUAUUUUACUUGUGCUGUUGUCUGUUGGUACUCUCAUGUACUCAAAAGACAUGAUCCGGACAUGGGCAUGCAUAUUGUCACACCUGCAACAACUGACGAUGGUACUCCAGAUAUUUCAAUUAUCCAUAUCAAUUGCAUCUUUCGUGCUGCCCACCUCAUUCCAGUAUACGGGCCAAAUUUUAUUGCUCAUGGAACUAAUCCACAUGACUCCUACAAUGACUUCAACUCAUACUAUGUCAACAAAUACACAGAUCAUCAUGCUUUUGAGAUAGUGUGA